AUGGCCGACCAAAACGCCGCCUCGACGCCCACCACCGUUCCCCACUUCGACCUCGCCCACCUCACCCCGCAAGAGCAAGCCUUCAUCGCCCAGCGCACGCCGUUACGCUUCCACACCUACACGCCCGUCGACACACCCUCGGCGACCGACCCACGCCCACACCUCGAGCCGUACCUGCCCCUCGGCUCCCCCACCUCCUCAUCAACCUCGACCCUCUCGCUCAUCCUCACCCCGCCCCGCCCAGAAGACGCCGGUGCCCUCGUCUCGACGCUCAACCACCCGCACGUCGCGCCGCAGCUCGUUGGGCCGCCGUACCCGUACUCGGACGAGCUCGCGCGCGAGUUCAUCCAGCUCAAACGCCGCGACACGCGAGCCGUCCUCGAGCGGCUUGCUGCGCGAGCUCGGCGCGAGCUGCGCAGAGACGGCUCGGGCGAGGAGGUGGACGCUGCGCCGGAGGAGCGGGACGGCGGCGAGCCCGACGACGAGGCGGCGCCGUGGCUCGACAAGCUCCCGCUGUGCGCGAUCCGCCGCGCCGACACGGGCGAGUACGUCGGCGACCUUGGCGUCCCCCGGUGGCAGUUCGAGGACGUCGGCGACGGCGAGGAGCGCGACAGGCUCGUGAGCGCCAACGAGGCCAAGACGGCGAGCGACCCGAGCGCGCUGUGGUCCUUCGGCUUCUACCUGCGACCGUCUUUCCACGGCCAGGGCAUCAUGGCGCACGUCCUGCGCUCCGUCCUCGACAGCUACCUCUUUUCCUACCUCGGCGUCGACGAGGUCCGCGGCUCGGCGUUCGCCGAUAACGUCGCGAGCAUCAAGACGCAGGAAAAGUGCGGCUUGCGGCGGUACGGCGGGUACGAGCACGCGGUGAGCGAGUCGAGGGGCGGCGGCGUCAGGAGCAUUGUCGUCCUCAAGGUGACGAGGGACGACUUUCAGCGACUGUGAGCGCUGUCCUGCAACUCUCGCACAUACUCUCUCUG